CUGCCUGGACGCAAACAGAAAACUUAAAGACUGACAAUUGGCAAUCCAGAAAGACAACUGUUCCAGCAGAAGCUAGAAUCAGGAUUACUCAGAGGUUAAAGAAAGUAAAAUCUUAAGUAGAGGAAAGAGCUGACAAAAUGCUGUACAAGGUUAUCUCUGCUGUAUGUUUAGCGUUGUGGAUCAGUUCUGGUGCUGUUACCUCACAGGAGGACCCGCACAUGACCAGAGCCAAGCAGCUGAUGUCUGAGACCCCGCUCAUUGACGGCCAUAACGACCUGCCUUGGCAGCUUCGAAAGCAGUUCAACAACCAGCUCAACAAUGUAGAUCUUAACACACUGGACACAACACACACCAACAUCCCCAAGAUCAAGGAGGGACGACUGGGAGCGCAAUUCUGGUCUGCCUACGUUCCCUGUGAAACUCAGUACAAAGAUGCUGUCAGACAAACUCUGGAGCAGAUUGAUGUAAUUCACAGGAUGUGUCAGAAAUAUCCAGAAACGUUCAUGUUUGCCACCAGCAGCCAAGACAUCAUGGAGGCCUUCAAGAUGAGCAAGACAGCCAGUCUGAUUGGGGUGGAGGGGGGUCACUCCCUUGACAGUAGUCUGGGCACCCUUCGCACCAUGUACCAGCUGGGGGUUCGCUACCUCACACUCACACACUCCUGCAACACACCCUGGGCGGAUAAUUGGCGCGUCGACACAGGAUCAGAGCCCUCUCAACACAAUGGCUUGUCUCCUUUUGGCAAGCAACUAAUAAAGGAGAUGAACCGUCUGGGAAUGCUGAUCGACCUGGCUCAUGUGACUGUGGCAGUGAUGAAUCAGGUACUGGACAUAUCUGAAGCUCCUGUCAUCUUCAGCCACUCUUCUGCCUACAGUGUCCGUCCACACAAAAGAAACGUCCCCGAUGAUGUUCUCCUGAGAGUGAAUCAGACAGGAGGAAUUGUCAUGGUGAAUUUCUACACCGACUAUGUGACCGAGAGCAAGACUGCUUACAUCUCAGAUGUUGCUGAUCACUUUGACCAUAUAAAGAAAGUGGCUGGGGCAGGCAUCAUUGGUUUUGGUGGAGAUUACGACGGGGUUACAAGACUACCGGAGGGUCUGGAGGACGUGUCCAAGGUCCCCAGAGUGGUGGCUGAACUACUGAAGAGAGGAUGGACUGAUGAGGAGGUCAAAGCUGCUUUGGGAAAAAACCUGCUCAGGGUCCUGAGCAAGGCUGAGGAGGUCCGUGACGCUCUGAAAGACCUGAGUCCAGAUGAUGUUCCAAUUCCAUAUGAUGAGGUGAAGAACUCUUGUAGGACGAGCUACGGUUACCCUAAUGCUGGAGCUGUCCAUUCAAUCAGCACACUGGCUCUUCUGCUUACACUGGCUCUCCAAGCUUUUAUUAAAUCAACAGCUUUAUGAGCUGCUUAUCAAUACAACUAAUCUCUAUAAUGUAUCCAUGAAUACUAAAUAAAUCAGUUUUAAAUGUCAGGAUGUUUUCUACAGAUCCUCUCUGCACCAACAAAAAAAACUAAAUUAUUUCAGUUUACUAUCCAAAUGUUUUCACCGCCAGGUUUGUUGAUUUUUCUUUUUUUUUGGUUUCUUCGUUUAAUUCACUGAAAAUGAUAAACAGUGUUACAGUUAUCAUGAUAAUAAUGACAGCGGCACACUGAUAAACAUGUUGGACCAUAUUGAGUUUAUUCAACUCAUCUGGUUGUUUUUAUCCCACCAUAACACUGUCCAAAAGAGGCUGCUGUGGGCAAAUGUUAAGUGUGUGGUGACACACGGCUAAAGUCACAUCAGUAUAAUCUGAAUGCACAUACACAAAAUAUUCAUCAUCAGUAUACUGACAUUUUCACAGGAAAUAGUACAGUAUAUGUCCAGCACUCCAUCCAGUGGUCUGAGUGGUAAAGAGAUGCAAAAUAUCUCUGGCUUCUUCCAAUUUUGGGGAUUUCCAUACUUUGACUUUAAUUUAUGCACUAGCCAGGUAGGUAGGUAGGUAGGGAAAUUUGACUGGAUUUAGUGACUUGAUGGUUAAAAUAAACCAAGGCAAUAUUUUUUCAUUACUUGGGUUUUCACUUGGAAAGGACAUUGAUAGACAAAAAAAAUGUUUAAACAUUUAUAAUGUUAAUUUGUUUCUCUGAAAUACUUGUUGGCCUUCAAUCAGUUUUUAGAGGUAUGUUUUUGUUCAACGAAGGUAAAAUUGUAAAUCAUCUCCCAGUGCACAGUAAACUAUUACACAAUAACAUCUCCUGAAGGCUGAUCAAGUGGUGUUUUUCUCUUAUUACAAAGACACAGUGCAACCUUGGAAGAGAGUUGAAAGAAUUACAUUCACCUUAAAAGAUAGAAAGACAUCAACAAGCAGAAUGUCCUCACUGAAUAACAUUAGAUAUACAUUUCUUAUAAAAAAAAAAAAACAACAACAAAAAAACGUUAGACUGAAAAUAUCUAAUGCCCUUCAGUUAAGGACAGGGACAGUUCACCCCAAAAUAAUAAAAAAAAAAAUUCUCUUACCUGUUUUGGUUGCCGGGUGCUGCUGAUAUUGGCCGUAGAGAUGUCUGCCUUAUGUCCAAUAUAAUGGAACCAGAUGGUGCUUGGCUUGUGGU